AUCAGGUUUUUGGUAGACCAGGACUGUAUCCCUCCUCUGUGUGAUUUACUGACAGUGAUGGACCCUAAUAUUGUACAGGUGGCUCUUAGUGGUUUGGAAAAUAUUCUACGACUUGGAGAGCAGGACGCUAAAAAUCACAAUGGCACAAAUCCAUACACUGUUUUAAUUGAGGAAUGUUACGGUGUAGACAAGAUAGAAUUUCUACAAAGUCACCAGAACAGAGAAAUCUACCAGAAAGCUUUCGACAUGACUGAGCGAUUUUUUAGGACGGAGGAGGAAGAUCAAGCUGUUGCCCCUCAGCUGGAUGAAAACGAGACGCAGUUUGAAUUUAACGCUCCUGCUGAAAAUGUUCCGAUGGGCGGUUUCCAGUUCUAGGAGGUGCUGU